AUGAAACUAUCAGUUGCUGUACUAUCAUCAAUCCUGCUUACUUGCUCAGUUACUAUCGCCAAACCGGUUCAUCCCAGUACGACUGCAAGUACAGACCAUGUCUCUUCGACAGUUGUUCCCAGUUCAACUACAAGUACCGAGUCUAACCCAUCUGAAACUCCCAAUACAAGCAGCGCAGGCCUUGGUCGUCAUGCUCCAUUUUCAAAGGAUAUGAAGGAAUUGCUCAAAAACUACUCAAACAGAAAUCAUGAAUGUACUAAACAAGAAGAAGAUUGCGAAUUGAUAGAUCUUGAAAUUGAGGAUCAAGAGAAGCUAGUAAAGGCUUUGGAGAAAGACAUUCAAGCUUUGGAAAAUGGACCUGAGGAAAUUCGUCUUAGGAACUCAAAAUACAGCAAUGAUCUUAAUGCAAAGAGACAUAAGCGUCGACUUUACAAAGAAAAAUCCAAACUUGAAGAUCUUAAAAAAAAGGCUAAAAAGUGUCAAUCCAAACUGAAAUCUUGCAAGAAUAAACUGAAGCAUUGCAAAGAAAAGGUCGUUCAGUUUGUUUUUAAAGGACCUUUCGAUCCUGAACACCUCGAGGACUAUUUUAGCCGUACCGUAUCAAAAUCUCUCGUUAAAAAAUACCUUUUAAAAAUAAGUAAAAAAACAUGCAAGAAGGGCUUUGGUCAAACAGGCAGUAUGCGACUUGCUCAAAAUCCUAGCUCUGAUUAUGAUUCUGAUUCUGAUACUGAACAAGAUCCUGAUGCUGAACAACAAGGUCCCGAUGCUGAACAACAAGGUCCCGAUGCUGAACAACAAGGUCCCGAUGCUGAGCAAGAUCCUGAUGCUGAUGCUGAACAAGAAAACUAA